CGUCACGUCUCCAAAAUACGCCUCAUUGAUACACGUAAAUCAAAAACAAAUGUGGGUUUUUGGGUUUUUAAUAGUCUUUUAGAUCUGAUUAAAUUGAUGUAUUAACGUUUAGGAUUAAAAUAAUUUAUUUUAAAUAUGAUUUUUUAAUAUUUAGAUUCAAACUAUAUUUUCAAGUAGCUUAUAAUAAAAUUUGUGAAGUUUUGUAUUGCCGGCUUUAACCUAAAAUUAUAAAAAUUGUUUUUUAAAAAAUGUUAGGAUUUAGCAAGAAAACUACUGCUCAACCACAGAAUGCCGAAAAACAAGAAACACUACUUACUUUAACGAUUUUAACUCUAGCAGCGAUUCUUUCAUUUGCUACAAGGCUGUUUUCCGUGUUAAGAUUUGAAAGCGUAAUUCACGAAUUUGAUCCAUAUUUUAACUACCGUACCACAAAAUAUUUGGCAGAACAGGGUUUUUAUUCUUUUCAUAAUUGGUUUGAUGAUAGAGCAUGGUACCCCUUGGGUAGAAUUAUUGGAGGUACAAUUUAUCCAGGGUUGAUGGUCACUUCAGCAGCAUUUUAUCAUCUAUGUUGGCUGCUAAACAUUACCAUAGAUAUCAGAAAUGUUUGUGUUUUUCUUGCACCUUUGUUUUCUUCAUUCACAACAAUUAUAACUUACCUACUUACGAAGGAGGUGAAAAAUUCAGGUGCUGGGUUAGUUGCAGCUGCAUUUGUCUCAAUUGUGCCAGGUUAUAUCAGUAGGUCUGUAGCUGGAAGCUAUGAUAAUGAGGGAAUUGCUAUAUUUUGCAUGUUGUUAACAUAUUAUACAUGGAUUAAAGCAGUAAAAACUGGUACCAUCCUUUGGGGCACAUUGAGUGCCUUGGCAUAUUUUUAUAUGGUUUCAUCUUGGGGAGGAUACGUAUUUCUUAUUAAUUUAAUACCAUUGCAUGUACUAACAUUAAUGGUUACAGGACGUUUUGGACACCGUAUUUAUAUUGCUUACAGUACUUUAUACUGCGUAGGAACGAUUUUAUCAAUGCAAAUAUCAUUUGUCGGAUUUCAGCCAGUACAAAGUUCCGAACAUAUACUAGCCUUGGGAGUGUUUGGUUUGUGUCAAAUUGUAGCUUUCGUAGACUACAUUCGUAGCAAACUGUCAAAGUCUGAUUUUGAAACCCUUUAUCAAUUUUUGAUAUACACCGUUGGUUUACUAACGGUAACGGUUGGUGGCGUUUUAACAAUUUCCGGAAAAAUUUCGCCUUGGACUGGAAGAUUUUAUUCUCUUCUGGAUCCGUCUUAUGCCAAAAACCACAUUCCUAUUAUCGCCAGCGUUUCAGAACAUCAACCCACUUCUUGGAGUUCGUUUUAUUUCGAUCUACAGAUUUUGGUGUUCCUGUUUCCGGCCGGACUGUAUUUUUGCUUCAAACAGCUGACCGAUUCCAACAUUUUUUUGAUUUUGUAUGGAAUUACUAGUAUAUAUUUUGCGGGCGUAAUGGUCCGUCUCAUGCUGGUGCUCGCACCCAUUAUGUGCAUCCUAAGUGGCAUCACCAUCUCGCAUUUGCUCACUAAAUUUAUGAAAAACAUGGACACCCCGAAACAAUCCGAACACAAGAAGUACAAGAAGACAGAAGCCAAUGCCAGUUUCAGAAGCGAAAUUUCGUCUAUUUUUGUAGUAGUAGUUACCGUCCUUUUGAUAUCUUACACGUUUCAUUGCACUUGGGUGACGUCGGAAGCUUACAGUUCGCCAAGUAUCGUGCUGAGUGCCAGAUCCCACGAUGGCGGCAGGAUAAUCUUUGACGAUUUCAGGGAGGCCUAUUAUUGGUUAAAAAUGAAUACGCCGGAAGACGCCCGUAUCAUGUCAUGGUGGGAUUACGGCUAUCAAAUAACCGCCAUGGCGAAUCGAACGAUACUAGUCGACAACAAUACUUGGAAUAACACGCAUAUAAGUAGAGUCGGGCAGGCCAUGGCCAGUACAGAAGAAAAAGCUUACGAAAUAAUGAAGGAACUCGACGUCGAUUAUGUACUGGUUAUUUUCGGCGGCCUUACUGGUUAUUCAUCGGACGAUAUCAACAAGUUUUUAUGGAUGGUUAGAAUAGGAGGAAGUACUGAUAGAGGAGCUCACAUCAAGGAAUGGGAUUAUUAUUCUCCCAACGGAGAAUUUAGAGUGGACAAAGAGGGUUCGCAAACUCUUCUGAACUGUUUGAUGUAUAAAAUGUGCUACUAUCGUUUUGGGCAAGUUUACACUGAAGGUGGUAAACCACCCGGUUAUGAUCGGGUACGUGGUGCUGAAAUUGGUAACAAAGAUUUCGAACUGGAUGUCUUAGAAGAAGCGUAUACUACUGAACAUUGGUUGGUUAGAAUUUACAAAGUCAAAGAUCUUCCUAAUAGAGGUGUUUAAUUAAUUUGCAAAUAUGUUUUUUUUUGUAUUUUUCUCAUUUUUUUUAUGUAAUAUAUUAAUACAGAUCUUUAUUUUAA